AUGUCCGAUGAAACUUCACUGUGUACUGCGUGGGAAGCAAUUCAGCGUUUUGUUCACGACGGGAAUGUUUCAGCAAAUCUUUCGCUCUAUCAGCAACUCCAAGACUCUUUAGGAGGAGAGACGUGGAUUCCGAAGCCAAUGAUGCAUACCUUAGCUCCACGUCUAUUACAAUAUUCACUGGAAAACUACAAAAACGGCAGCGUGGUUGGCUCUUCGAUACUUUCGUUUGUUAGUAUUCUCAACCGUAUGGUGUGCUUAAAGCUCCUUCCAGCGGCGCUUGCGCGGCCGUUGGAUAGACGACCGACGGGGCUUCGCGAGCUGGCAGAGUUUUAUCAGGACAUUCUUCUUUUAUCUUCCUCAUCAGGAUGUAAUUCUUCUUCUCCUUUACUUGCUCUUACGCGCCGGCAGCUCAUUGCGUGUUGGGGUUGCCUUUUAGUACUUUUGGAAGACAACAUAGCUGACACCUUACGGGCUCUAUUCAUGUCUGUAUUAUCAUCAAACUCAACUACGUUGAGUACUUUGGAGGAUGUUUUUCAAGUAUUUCUAUCAGUUAUUGAUAUUUUGUCAGACGAUCGUGUUCCCAUCGGCCCUAUUCGACGAGCCACGCAACGAAAACAUUUUCAGAAUCAGCUAGAUAUGCUCCUCUUUCCCAUACCCACGGUUAGUGAGAAUUUAGCAUGUUUGCAAGCCGAGGCCGUUGCCAAAGGGAUUGAAUUUCUUACACUCGGUACGGUGGCUGAUCCACAGAAGCUUGCGACGGAUUUUUGGCAUCAACUUCCUUCCUCCUCGUUAUGGCACUGGGCGCUUUGUCAUCUGAAUGCUCCAAACGAGAGAUUGGCCACGACAUCACAAAAAGUUUUAUGCGGAGCGCUUCGUAGUCUGAAUAUUGUUAAUCCCACAGCUGAGCAGCUCAUUUUCUCCGCACUUACAACUGUGUUGAGUGAUACGAACACGAUAGAUGUUGUAGCGUCGUGUAGAAUUAUCACCUCCUCAAUGGAAUCCACGACGGAACACAUUCUUUUGCAUUGUAAGCCGAAUAGUUCGAUUUUCUCUCUCCUUUCUAGCGUUGCCGAGUAUCUUUUGGGGGCUCUUUCUGCUUCCUCAAAUGUAGAAGAGGAGGCAGUGAAAGUUGUCUGUGAGGGUGUGAGUGCGCUUGUGCAGGGCUUAACCCCGGCUCCACUUCCAGCAGCCGAGCCCACAGACGAUCCGGAGGAUUUUAUCGAAUUAAUUGAGUCCAUCAACCGAGAAAAUGAGCAAAAGAAGGCUACUGCGGAGAUACUUCAGGGCUAUUUUUGCCGGUGCCAGCGAGAGCUUGGAGUUCGCUUGGUUGCCAUGACAUCAAGCCCAAUUACACUGCGAAGAGACAAAGAGGAGGAAGAAGAAAGGGAGGAAAAUCGCGCCGCAAUCACAUCUUAUGCGCUUGAACACAUUAAAGAUGAAAAGGAAGGUGUGGAGGACUUCCAAGUCGCCUUCGACAACGCCGCAGUGUCGAUUUUCACGGCCUACGAGCGAUUAUGUUCCCUUCUUGGCAGUUUACCUUUGGAAAUUACUGCCGAAAGGCAGAUAACUCCCGCGCUUGCUGUUGUCGCGGCGAGUGCUUUAGCGUCGAUCCGAGUGAUUUCCGCUGUGGAAACGCCCGUUUUACUUGAACAGGCUACUUUACUUCCCUUGCUAAGCGCGCGCUAUGCGAAAAGUGGACGAAUAGGCAUGUGGAGUGAAGAGGAAAUCCAUUUUUUUAUCCAACGCCUCGUGGACUUGCUGGAAGUCGCAACUGAGGCAGAUUUAACACGGUUGCCGUCUAUUCUUUCAACCCUUGCAGAUACUCUUGUGGAUCCUCUUCAACCAAAGUUUUCAGAUAUGAUGCGAACAAGUAGCUUUCUGGAGGAAUCUAUUCCACGCAUAAUAGAAGUGCUAUGGAGGUGUUUAAUAACUGUGGGAAGUGUGCUACCGCUGAGGUUGUGCAUUGCGCGUUGCUUAGCCCAAUUAGUGGAAGAAAAGCUAACUCAUCCAGUGUUCUCGGAUAUGGUGAGGGGUGUUUGCGAACUUGAUCCUUGCACUCAGGUUGAAAUCUUGGCCGCUUGUUUGCCCGAUUCGAAUGAUUCCUUUCGGUAUUUAUUACGUCUUGUGGAGUCUAUUUCUCCCAUUGAAGAAACUCUGCUUGAUCGCGCGUCUAGUCGCAUCACUAAAAGUGUAGUUUCUUUAUUAGUGGAAAGUGGGGGGAUGUUUGAAAGUGAAUAUCAAGACAUGAUUUGGUCGUGGUAUUUACAGAAUGGACAUCAUCUAAGGUUUAUUUUUCACCUUUCAAAGCCCCUUUCAUUGCCCAUUCGCUGUACAUUCCGAGUUGAAGCCUUACGAUUUUAUUUAGAUCGCUUUGGUGGACCUGACAACAUUUCCACAGAAGAUUUAUGCUGCGUACUGGAAAGGGAGAUGUGCAAGGAGCUCGCGGAGAGUGCAAAUCGCGCCUCUGUGGAGAUCAUGAUAAGUUUAAUCGUGUGUUUGCUUUAUCCAAAUACGUUGUUCAGUCUUCCGAAUGGUUUACAGCGACUUCAUGCCCUCCUACGCUGCCUACGCGCUUUAUUUGAAAGGCAGUUUUCCUCAGCAAAUUUAAACCCAAUAAACGUUGAGCAGCCUUUUCUAGAGUUGCUCUGUUCAGCUGUAGCGCGCCUUAAAGAAGUGAGGACGCUUCAUUUGACAACAGAGCUUUCCAGCAGCUCUGGUUUCAUGACUGAAUUAAAUAAGGAAGAUGCCGGGAGGCUUUCCACUGAAGAAAAUGAAACGAUGGAGAGUAUUUUGGAGGAUAUUUCUGUCCUUGGAAGGUGUGUUUCUGCUGAAAAUGGUGCCCCCUGUAUAGCAGGAUGCCCUAUGUGGAUUUUAUUGCUCAGCCAAGCGGUGGAUGAUCGGGAUCGACGGGAGUGCAUUAAACGCGCUGUCUUUAUGAACUGA